UGAGGAAACAAUUUCGAAAACAAAUUCUUCCUCAGACAUGGAACUAUCUCUUUUAAAAUCGAAACAAUCUCAAAAAGAGAUUAAUUUAGUCUCUUUGGAACCUGAUUCACAAGAGAUUAAUUUAGUCUCUUUGGAACCUAACUCACAAGAGAGUCAAGGAUCUUCAAAACAGUUGCCAAACUAUCCCGUAUCGGCUAAACAGUUGCCAAACUAUCCCGUAUCUUCUAAAAAUUCUAAUAAGAAGAUACCAAUGGACGAAUUUAUUAAAAAAUUAACCACUGCCUCAUCUGACAAUAUGUAUGUGUUUGUAAAUGAGAGUGCUGAAGAAGAUUCUAUUGAAGAAGAUUCUAUAGCAAAAAAAUUAGCUCAAUUAUUCGCAACGGCUUGUGGCAGUGAAAGUGAACUUCAACGAAUUAAGCAAAUAGAAAUUCGAGAUUGGUAUAACUACGCUGAAGUAUUUGAAAACAGAGUAAGUGAAAUGAUGGCCAAUGGUUUUGAAGACCAUACUGCACGAACUGCAAUAUAUGAUGAAAUGAUGCCAUUAGUUUCGGGCGUCACCCGGAAGAACUUGCGCCAAAGAACGCAUAAUGCUCGAGUAAUUUUUAGAUUAUUUAGCAAUAUUGGAUUAGAUAAAAUCCAAAAUAUUGAUUAUAGUGCAGAUGCUAUUUCAUAUUAUACUAUCGAUGAUAUUAAUAUGAUUAUUAAUUAUGUAAAACAAUAA